UAAGCAAAGCAACAUGGGAACGGGAAAUAUAAAUGGGCGCAGUUUGUUUUAAGGUUACCACUUAUCUAUGUGAUAUCAAAUUUGUUCAAGAAAAUGGUGAACGGAACAUUUUGUAUAUAAUCCAAGGAGUAGCAUUUCCUGCAAGGAAAUCAAAUUUUUCGAUUACUCACGAAGAAAUGCACCCAAGUGAAAAAUGGACGAAAUAGGAACAGGAUCGCUGGAGAACAUUACUAGAGAUUCGGGAAAAUGUUUCGCUAACGUGACACCAGCUGACAUGGAUUCAAGUUCGCAAUGCGAUAAUGGUUCACAAAAAGAAGUCGUCACUUUACCCACGAACGCAUCGAAAGAUUCAUCAAACUACCUUGAUAACUCAUUGGUGAUGCCUGACGAUAAUUCAAAUGUUCGGAAAGUACACAGUUCAAAUAAGAUCGCAGAGGUAGACAAUCAACACAUUGAAAAUUUAUGUGGUCAUGGGUUAACAAGUGCCGAAAAUGACAUUGUACUUACAAAUGAUUCUGGAAUAUCCAGGAAUAAUGAAGAAGAAAUUAAUUUCAGUCAUAAACAUGAAAAUUCACCAAUCCAAUUACCUACUUCGGAAGCACUGCCUGGAAAUAAUUUUGAAAUAGCAUUGGACAGUAUAGAUACUUCUGGAGUUAUACUUGAUGAAAUGAAUAAUGGACAAACAAGUGAUAUAACACUAAAUAAAGAAGAUUCAAUAUGUCAGGUUCAAGACGACAAGAAACAAGCUAUUUGCAAUGAUCAAAGUAUGCUUUCCGAUAACAACAGAGAGCAUACUAUUUUAAAUAAUAGUGAUCAGAUGUCACACGCAGUAUCGUUUCAAGAAAAAAGUUCACAGAGUUCACCACUUUAUUGUCAUGGCCAGUCUAUAGAAUCAUCUGUUGUCUUGGGUGAACCAAAAAAUAACCAAGUAUCAGAACUAAAUUCCACUGGUGACUUAAUUUGUAAAAACCCUACUCCUGAUUUAAGUACAAUACAUAAUUUUAAUAAAUCCUCUCUUGCCAAUGAUGCAAAGCUUGUUAAAUUCUCAGUACCUACUAAAACAAUGAACAUACUGCAGUCAAAUGCUCAAUUUUUGAACAAAAGCAAGAACUUUCUGAAUUUCAUUACAGAAAAGUCGACAAAUAUCAUGGAGAAAACUUUGUUACCUCAAAAUUUAGCUGCAAAAUAUAACACCAUACUGAGAAUGACUGAGAACAACCCUACACAUUAUAAAAAAUAUGUAGAAGAGAGUGGAACUAGUUCAAAUUCUGUAGGAAUCGAUCUAACACCGAAUAGUGACGAUAAAUCAGUGCAUAACACUCAGGUUAACUGUCAAAUUAUGUGUGAUUUAACAGGUGAGUCACAACAUAUGAACACCAAUAAUUUGUGUGACAGAGUGCACCAACAUGAAUUCAUUGCGGAACAAUUUUAUAUUCAAGAUAAUUCUAUAAGUGAAGAUGGAAAUUCAUUCCAUAAAUGUUCCAUGAAAACACAUGAGCCUGAUCCUACUAUUAUACCCCAAGGACAAGAAACUGAAACAGCAUCACCUCCCAAUGUACCUGCAGAUUCAUCUUCCAACAAUAGUGAACCAAAUCACGAUCCUCAGAUACAAAAUCGAAUUGUUGAAGAAUCGCUAAACAAUUUGGAUUUCAACAGUGCUCAGGCAAAUCGAGACACACUCAGUUCAGUUGAUAUAACUGAUUCCCAUUUGUCUAAUAAGGCACUAGUAGCAAUUCAUGCAGACAAUUUCAAUAUGCUGGAUAAGAUUGACAAUACUAAUAGCUGUAACAGUGCAAGUAGCAUAGAAAUUAAUGAUCAACUGUUGAUAAAAGAGAACACAUCUGGUGAUCAAAUAUUAUUUACCCGAAAUCACAGCAAUUCUGAUACUCCACCUAGUUCAGGACAAGUGUCAAGUGAACACUUUAGUCGGGAGCAAGAAAGUGUUGAGCACAAUGCUGUUGAGAGCCAAAGAGAUAAAGUGACUGAUCUUGGGUUGCUUGACCAGCCAGUUUAUGUGACUCUUGUAAGAGAUUAUCGCACUUUGAAGGAAGAAAACAGAAAGUUGUCGGAGACAGUGCUAAGGUUGGAAAUGGAAAAUCAAAGAUUGGCUGCUGAAAACAGCGGUGAAUUAUAUGUUCUGCAGCUAGAAACUCUUGAGAAAACAAUUGAAAAACUGAGAAAUGAUUUGAAGCAAGCAACUGCUAAUCAAGAAGUACUUAAAAAAGAAUACCUUCUCGCUAACAAAGAAAAGGAAAGCAUGGUCAUGAAAUAUGUGAUUAGCGAAAAACAGCUUAUAGAAACGCAAAGAGCGCGAGAAUAUGCAGAGCGUAAAAUUAACGAGGCUUUUAAAGAACAAGAAUUACUGCACACCAAGUUAAAACAAGUGCAGGGUGAACGUACAAGAAUAUGCAACAUUCUAGAUGGGAAGUGUCACGAGCUAACAGAUGUUCAGAGAGAAGUGGAUCGAUUGAAAGAAGAAUUGAGCACGCGAGAUGUUAAAUUGAAGUGGACACAAAAUAAAUUGAAGACUGAAUUAGAAGCCCAAAAAGAAAACCAACAGAAAUUAGAUAAAGCAAUGAUUCGGAUUAACGAAAUGAAAGAAGAAUGUGAGCAGGUACGUAAGGAAUCGCAUGAAACGAUUCGCAAAUUUCAGCAAUCUGAAGAAAACAAAGUAGUUACCUUGGACCAACAGCUCAAAGAGCAGCAAGCGCGUCUUAUUCUUGAACGCCACGUUACCGAAGACAAAGAAAUGUCCAGACUUCAACUGCAAAAAGAAGUGGAAACAUUAAAACAAAGACAACUUGUGUUGAUUGAAGAAAAUAAUACACUCAGUUUAAAAGUUCAAAACCUUGAGAAAGAAAGAUUAAACUAUGAGAACAACUUGAGCAAUUUAAAAGUAAUUGCUGACGAAAGACAGAAAGAAAUUGUUGAUUUAGUUGGGAAAGUAUCUCAAUUUGAAACUUUAAAAUUACAGCUGAAACACAAAGAGCAGUUAUUGUCAUCAAAUGAGGCAGAAGUCGAAAGACUACGCCAAUCAAACACAGAGUUACAGGCUGACAUGGAAUGGUGUCGUGAGCGUGAAGCACAUAUGUUGGAUUUUACCCAAAAGCUGACGGAUAAAAAUGUUCGUCUACAAUCUGAGUUCACUGCAAUUGAAGCUAAGAAUGAACAGUUGGAACUAGAACAAGGUCCCUUGCAUGAUCAAAUCAAAGAACUCUCCUCUAAAGUGAAAUUACUGGAAGUAAGUUUGUCGUCAGAGAAGAGUAAGAGAACAGAAGAAUGUGAACUCUUGGCUAGACACGUGGCUGAACAAACACAACUCGCCCGAAAUUUAGCCCAAAAAUUAGAAGAUAGUCAAGGAGAAAACGCAGUCCUUCGAAGAAAACAACAAAUUUCUGUUAAAGAAAUGACAAAAGAACUACAGAUCUGCAAAAAAAAAUUAGAUGCAUUUGAAAUUGGUUCACCAAGUAACUCUCUAGAUCAAACCUCCCGAACUGGUUCUAGUUCAUCAUUGAGCACCGGUGAAACACCUAAUGGUGCAGUAUCAGAUAACAGUAAUAGUGGAGAUCAUACGUUACAGUCUACCGAACCAGACAGACAAACUUUGAUAGAUAGAAUAGUGAAAUUACAAAAAAUUCGUGUUAAACAAGCCGAGAAGUUGGAUUUCUUGGAAGAACACACUAGAACGUUACUUAACGAAUUGCAGAAGAAAUCAAAAAUUAUAAAAAAUUAUAUCCUGCAUGAAAAUCCGGAUGCAAUGGGCAGUAAUGAACGUGAUAGAAAUAAGCAUAUCAAAGGCAGACGCAAUGCUGCUGAGCUAGCUAGACAUGGUGGUAUUAUGGCAUCAUUAUAUAAUCAACGAGUUUCUGAUGAUAAUAUGACACUGGAACUGUCUUUAGAAAUAAAUCAGAAAUUGCAAGCUGUACUGGAAGAUACAUUACUUAAGAAUAUUACUCUGAAGGACAGCAUUGACACAUUGGGUGGAGAAAUUGCCCGGCUUACCAUACAAAACAAGCCAAGAUAGUAAAAUUUAGAAAAUCAAGUUUGUUCUCGGAAUGAGUCAACCAUACUCUGAAGUAAAAAUAUUGGCAAUGCUACUAACCUUGAAUGAUUGUAUUCUGGUGCUAAAAAUUUUCUGGACGAAACCAGAACCAUAGAUUUCUAUAACUGAUCCAGCGGUUCUCUAUCGUAACAUUGCAAUUUUUUAAUUACCGUAAAAUAAUUUACAGGGUGGUCAAAGUACUAUAUCUAGUCAUGAUUCUCGUUAUUUAUGGCAAAGUAUAAAUAUUUCGCAGUUAACCAGUAUUGUGUUUGCAUGGAAAUGAAAAGUUGCUGGAGUCAACUAUGAUGCAUAUAAUUUUUAAUAACUGUUUAAAUUUUUUGAAAGAAACUUCAUGUAUAGCUGUAUCUCAAUGCAAUAUGAUUUGGAAAAAAAUAAUUAAGUGUUGUAUUAAGAACUUUUAGGAACAGGAGCACCGAUUUAUUUUAGAUACGUUUAGUUGUAUAAAUUUUGUUUUGUUAUAUUAAUUUUAUUUAUUAGUUUUAUACUCAAAUUAUAUUUUUUCAUAAAUAAGCAGUAAUGAAUCAAUAAUUUAUGCACGUAAUAUUUUUCGAUCAGGGUAUAAAUUUGUUAAACUCUUACAUUCCAAAAUUUGUAGUUAUAGAAAUAUACGUAUGCUGCCACAUUGCAGUAACUAAUACGAUAACUCAAAUUACGUAAUUGAAAUUGACCUUAUAAAAUAUGUAUAUUGCGCCGUACUUAGGUAAAAUGAGUAUAUAUGUACAUACAUAUUAAAGUAUGUGUGACAGUUACAAAAUCGUAGACAGUGGUGCGAAGCAAUCUAUAAAAGAACGAAAACGAAUGCUGUAAAGUGGAUUAAAGUUUCCGGUUGUUAAUUCCAGAACAGAAUAAAAUUGAAAAUUUUAUCUCUUACAUAUAUUUUAUCGAAUAUAUUAUAAGUGUUACCGGUUAUAAUAUCCUUGCAAAUAACGCGACGACAUCGGAUACUGCUGAACAAACUUAAAAAAGAUGUACUAUGUAUACAUAAUAUGUGUAUAUCAAAGAAAGUAAUAUGUGAAUGAAGUAUUUUCAAAAACGUA